AAAAUAUUCUCUUUCAUUGACAACACAAUUUUAUCAUCAUGGAAGGGUUCAACGACAGUUACAAUAUAGCAUUACAAGCCCUUGGCUACUUGACACAAGCAUAUACAUUCUGUUACUUGCAUUUAAAGGAACUGAAUAUUAACUUGCCUGCUCCUGAUCAAGUAGUGCAAGUGACAACUUCAUUUAUUACCUACAUUGUUUCUCAUUCACCCACCUUCAUUCAACAAUUGGUAGACACAUUCUCUCAAUUACCCAUCGAAUCCAACUAUUUUACCAUCAUACUUCUUCUUAUUAUUGCCUAUAUCGCCUACUGCUUUAUCUUGGCUACCUUCCGUUGGGUCUAUCGACUCGUGUUUGGAUUUGUCCGCUUCAGUUUCUUUUUGGCUCUGGUGGCAAGUCUCGUUUACGUUGUUCAACAAUAUUUGGCUGGCGCUGCUUUAUUUCCCGGUACUUCUACCACAACUUCUCCCACCUCUCCUAGAUCACUUUAAAAAAAUCAACGGACUUUUGAGAGACCACGUUACAAAGGAAUCGGUAUCACCCCUUCCCCCUCUUUUUUUUUUAGAUAGUUGACUUCUUUUUUUGUUUUAUACGUGUAUAUAUUAUUGACAAAAAUAAAGAGUAGAAUCUUGAGUUUACUUUUAGUCACGACAUAUUUUUUAACUGCGGAUUAUUAGCGGUUUCUAUUGCGGAAACCUUAUUAGAUCGAAC